CGUCUUCUUCUCCAGGAACAAUUGAGUUCAUUCACCUCAUUUUGGUAGAGUCUCUGUAUGUAUUGCAGAUGCAGGUGAAGACAGGAACUUGGACAGCGUGGUUUCUGGGAUUUGAUGGACAAAGUUGUUGGAAAUACUCCAAGAGAACAUCAAGGGUAAAUUAUUUCCUCCAGACACCAAUUUUAUGUUUUGUGUGGUUGAUGUUCUGGCUGUUGUGUUCUUUGCGUGGCUUAUUUUGCAACUGGUGCAAGGCCAUUUGCUGCACUGCGGUGGAAAGGAAAGGAAGGAGGCUUUCGGUGGUGACCGUUGUUGACUUCCAGAACGGAUGGCAUGACACUCCACCGAUUGGUCAUACACUCGUUGAUACACAUGUAUCGUAUACAAGAUUGCGACCGUUCGGGGAUCUCUAUGGCUCCACAGCGACACCAGUAAAAGAGACCCUGCAAAAAAAACAAGAGGUAGCAGAGAGGCCUCAACCUUUUAGCGUCUGCUUGCCGGCUCCUCCUUCGAACUGCUGGAAACUUCUUCUCUCUUUUGCAGCAGGGCUUCACCUUUCUCUUGAUGUGUUUUCUGUCCUCCAGUCCUUCUUGCUGCUCCCCUUUUUCUCAUCUGUGUGGUAGCUCCUUUUAUAGGAAAGUAAUGGAUAAGGUGGAGCUGAGGAUGACUCCAGUUUGAAAUUGAAAUGAUUUGAUAUUCAAAACUAGUUUGACCGAGUUUGUAGGUGUUCGGCCAGCCCCACAAAGCUGCUGGAAUUUGAAUUGAUGAUAGCUAUCUUGGCUUUGAUCUCAUCAUAAUUUGAAAAGUCCAACUAACUGUUGUGGACGUUAAUGUGCAUGUAUGAGCCAAACAACUUGAAAUUUGAAAAACUGCAUUAUCUCUUCCAA